CGGCGCGGGGCCCCGCCAUGGCUGGCAAGGACAGUGGCAACCUGAAGACGGUGAGACUGUGGCGGGACGCCGCCCUGCGCGCCAGGAAGCUGCGGAGCAACCUGCGCCAGCUCACGCUCAGCUGCCCCGGGGCCGGAGGCGAUUCACUCGAGUCCCCCGACGCCCCCCAGCUGGUGCUGCCGGCCAACAUCGGGGACAUUGAGGUGCUGAACCUGGGGAACAACGGCCUGGAGGAUGUGCCUGAAGGUCUGGGGUCGGCUCUGGGCAGCCUUCGCAUCUUGGUCUUGCGCAGGAACCGCUUUGCCCGGCUGCCCCCUGCGGUGGCGGAGCUAGGCCAUCACCUUACGGAGCUGGACGUGAGCCACAACCGGCUGACAGUCCUGGGUGCCGAGGUGGUGAGCGCCCUGAGGGAGCUGCGCAAGCUCAACUUGAGCCACAACCAGCUGCCGGCGCUGCCUGCCCAGCUGGGUGCCCUCGGCCACCUGGAGGAGCUGGAUGUCAGCUUCAACCGGCUAGCGCAUCUGCCAGAUUCCUUCUCCUGCCUCAACCACCUGCGCACCCUCGACGUGGACCACAACCAACUCACCGCCUUUCCCAGGCAGCUGCUGCAGCUGGCUGCCCUGGAGGAGCUGGACGUAUCCAGCAACCGGCUGCGAGGCCUACCUGAGGAUAUCAGUGCCCUGCGUGCCCUCAAGAUUCUCUGGCUUAGUGGGGCCGAGCUUGGCACCCUGCCCAGCGGCUUCUGUGAGCUGGCCAGUUUGGAGAGCCUCAUGUUAGACAACAACGGGCUGAAGACUCUGCCCCCCGAGUUCAGCCGCCUGCAGAGGCUCAAAAUGCUCAACCUCUCUUCCAACCUCUUUGAGGAGUUUCCUGAUGCGCUGCUGCCCCUGGCUGGUCUGGAGGAGCUCUACCUUAGUCGGAACCAGCUCACCUCAGUGCCGUCUCUUAUCGCCGGGCUGGGCCGGCUUCUCACCCUGUGGUUGGAUAACAACCGCAUCCGCUACUUGCCGGACUCCAUUGUGGAGCUGACGGGCCUGGAGGAGCUGGUCCUUCAGGGCAACCAGAUCGCUGUUCUGCCCGACAACUUUGGCCAGCUCUCCCACGUGGGCUUGUGGAAAAUCAAGGACAACCCCCUGAUUCAGCCCCCUUACGAAGUCUGCAUGAAGGGGAUCCCCUACAUCGCAGCCUACCAGAAGGAACUGGCUCAUUCCCAGCCAGCUGUGCAGCCCCGCCUCAAGCUGCUCCUGAUGGGCCACAAGGCUGCAGGCAAGACCCUGCUCCGACACUGCCUCACUGAGGACAAAGUGGAAGGAGACCAAGGAGGAGGGGACAAGGAGAAGAACUACCUGCUUUUCCCUCCCCUUGGGAGCAAGGGCAUCGAGGUGACCAGCUGGACUGCGGAUGCUUCCCGGGGCCUGCGGUUCAUUGUGUAUGACUUAGCCGGUGAUGAAAGCUAUGAGGUGAUCCAGCCCUUCUUUCUCUCCCCAGGAGCCCUGUAUGUGCUGGUGGUCAACUUGGCCACCUAUGAACCUCGCUGCUUUCCUACGACCGUGGGCACCUUCUUGCACCGGGUGGGGGCCCGGGUGCCUCACGCCGUGGUGUGCAUUGUGGGCACACACGCGGACCUGUGUGGGGAGCGGGAGCUUGAGGAGAAGUGUCUGGACAUUCACCGCCAGAUCUCCCUACAGGAGAAGCACGAUGCAGAGGGCCUAAGCCGUCUAGCCAAGGUGGUGGAUGAGGCCCUGGCUCGGGACUUCGAGCUGCGCUCUGCCAGCCCCCACGCAGCCUACUAUGGUGUUUCCGACAAGAACCUUCGGAGGCGCAAGGCCCAUUUUCAAUACCUGCUCAACCACCGGCUGCAGAUCCUCUCCCCCGUGCUGCCCGUUAGCUGCAGGGACCCCCACCAAUUGCAACGCCUCCGUGACAAGCUGCUCUCUGUAGCUGAGCACCGGGAAAUCUUCCCCAACUUACACAGAGUCCUGCCUCGGUCCUGGCAGGUGCUGGAGGAACUCCACUUCCAGCCACCUCAGGCACAGCGACUGUGGCUGAGCUGGUGGGACUCGGCCCGCCUGGGUCUGCAGGCAGGGCUGACAGAGGACCGGCUGCAGAGCGCCCUUUCCUACCUGCAUGAGAGCGGCAAGCUGCUCUACUUUGAGGAUAGCCCCGCCCUCAAGGAGCAUGUCUUCCACAACCUCACCCGCCUCAUUGACAUCCUCAAUGUCUUUUUCCAGAGAGAUGCUUCUUUGCUGCUGCAUAAACUGCUCCUGGGGACCAGUGGAGAGGGGGAGGGGGAGGGGGAGAGCUUCCUCACUCCAGCAGUGCCCACCCCGGGUCAGGACCCACUCCGGGCCACUCAGCUUCAUCACUAUGUGGAAGGCUUUCUGCUGCAUGGGCUCUUGCCGGCCCAUGUCAUCCGGUUGCUGCUUAAGCCUCACGUCCAGGCCCAGCAGGACUUGCAGCUCCUCCUGGAGCUGUUGGAGAAGAUGGGGCUCUGUUACUGCCUCAAUAAACCCAAAGGCAAGCCGUUGAAUGGCUCCACGGCUUGGUACAAGUUCCCCUGCUACGUGCAGAAUGAGGUGCCCCACGCAGAGGCCUGGAUUAAUGGGACCAACCUGGCUGGGCAGUCCUUUGUGGCCGAACAGUUGCAGAUUGAAUAUAGUUUUCCCUUUACCUUUCCACCUGGAUUGUUUGCACGCUACAGUGUCCAGAUCAACAGCCAUGUGGUGCACAGGUCGGAUGGGAAAUUUCAGAUCUUUGCCUAUAGAGGGAAAGUUCCUGUAGUGGUGAGUUACAGGCCCGCCAAGGGGGUCCUGCAGCCAGACACCCUGUCCAUCGCUAGCCAUGCAUCGUUACCAAAUAUAUGGACGGCAUGGCAAGCCAUCACCCCUUUGGUAGAGGAACUGAACGUCCUGCUUCAGGAAUGGCCUGGACUGCACUACACCGUGCACAUCCUCUGUUCUAAGUGCCUUAAGAGAGGGUCCCCCAAUCCACACGCUUUCCCAGGGGAGUUGCUGAGCCAGCCCAGGCCAGAAGGGGUGGCAGAGAUUAUCUGCCCCAAGAAUGGCAGCGAGCGAGUGAAUGUGGCCUUGGUUUACCCACCUACACCGACUGUGAUCAGCCCCUGUUCCAAGUAUCUCCAUACUUUCUUGGACAAUUAAGUGGAAAGGAUGGUGCUCCUUUCCAUCUGCUACCAUUUUUACUGUACCCAAUCUGUGACUUUAGGAGCACCAAGUUUUAAGGGAAGAACGUUGGUGAAAAGCACAGAAACCAGUGACAUUCGUGGCUGUGGAGUUUCCAUGGAGUCAACAGAGCAUGGGAACUGACUGGGACAUCUUUUGCCCCUGGUGAGCCUGCCAUGCUCCCAAGCGCCUUUGGGGCCCAGGGUGAGACCAUGCACCAGGUGCUUGCAGAGGACCCUUGGAGGGGGGUUGGAGGGGGCUGGGAAGAUGGGAGCGAACAUUGGAGCAAACGUUUCACCACCUGAACCUCAGAAACUGUGAUCCUCCAAGGAGAGAGCUACUUGAAGAAAAGUUAAAAAAAAAAAAAAAUGUCGAAUGGCUUCUCAGGGAUUUUGUUUUCCGUGUACACAUAAGCCAUAGUUCCAGUCCAGGUGGCAGCGUCCAGCACACUCAGAUUUCAGUUCUGUUCAAUGUGAAGGAGGGAUCGACUGAUGUUCAUUGCUGUUCCGUCACGAGUGUAAAAAUAUGUAUAUGUUAAUCUUUAUUUUUAUAAUAUGCAAAUACAUUUAAAUUUAUACAGUUUGACGCUUCUAGCAUUGGUUAACACUGGGUGCAAUAUUCUGCAUGAGAACUGUGCCAAGAUGGGGCUGGUGUCUUCUUUUAGUGUUAGACCUUUUGUUCUUUCAUCGUCCCUUAGAGCUAACCGCCUUCUCAACUGAAAAGGAAAGGGAGAGCUAACCUCCUCCCUGUUAGUCCAUGGAUGGAUUCAGUGUUGGUUCCUAGAACUCUGAUAAUCACCAGGAACGUGCAGCCCAUUGAGACAGAGCUCCUCCCAUCUUUUCAUUACGCCCCCCGCCUGUCAGUCACUGGACAUGAUGGUAGAAUGGUUAGUUCUCUCUCCCUACACAUCGCCACAGCUGGAGCAGAGGGAGGCCUUCCUCGGGGCCAAAUGAGGUGAAGAAUCCGUGAAAAAUCUGAGUCUUGGAACAACCUGAGAUAAUCUGAGGUCAGUUCUCAAUCUUGCAGUGAUUCUGUUAUGCACCCUUUCCCCCUGGAACAGUAUGCAUGAUUUAGCAGAACCCCAUGUGAAGUUCCACAUCUGCCCGUGGACCUGCAGGUAGGAGCGUGCUUUCACGGAACUCCGUGCCUCGUGGGCUGUUGAUUCAUUCAGAGCCACUUGGAAGACAUCUGCUGCCAAGAUCUAGUAAAACCCUUGUUUUGAAAUCUCCGGGAGGUAAACACUUAAAAACAAGCCCCCCAAAUCUCUCUCUCUAGUGUCCUCCUAGUUGGGGCCAAACAGCAUAUGCUGUCGUAGUAACACGUUCUCUGCAGAACGUAAAGGAUUCUGUUUACAUCUGCCUCCUCCGUGUGUUGACAGGAAGCAUGUAAAACUAACUGUUCCCCAUAAGAAAAGUGAGUCAAGCUGGUCCUACUCUUAGGCUUGUUUAUAAAGUAUUGACUCUUAGAAUGCCACAGCACACGCAGUCACCACGAAUCUUUGAGAGAAAUGCAAGCAGGCGGCUGCACCGUGAGCAAUUACUCAUCAAUUUGUGUAGAAUCUGUUCCGUUGACUUCCCUGCC